GGAAAACAGCGACUGCAGGAAAAGAGGAAGCACAAAUGCAUCGUUUGUUUACAAUCAGAACAAUUCCUGACUACGUGAAAGUUGAUUCAUAAUCUUAUACUUCUGUAUAAGGGAUGGAUCCUUGUUAUCCUCCAGAUUCACGACAUGAUGACAGAGACCAUAAUGAUGAUGAUAAUGAUGUCACCUCCUGGGUGUCGGUGUGUCCCAAGGGCCUCUGGAGAGUACAGCAAAAGCGAACAGGCGAUAGGGGUCAACAAGGGGGUCAACAGACUUCUUCUCCCUCUGGAGAUGAUCCAACAUGCAACUACAGUCCAAGGUUGGGCUCACUGUGUCUAGUCCGAGUGUGUCUGAAAGCUAACAUGGAUGAAGCAGACACUGUACUAUCAGAAAAUGGGCAUGAGGAACCUGACCAGUCACUCUUCAAGGUUACGGAUGCAAAACCUACUGCCUUCCCGAGGUGUCAGGAUUCUGUGCUGCAGGUCCCCCUGGGUGACUGGAUAACGCUGAGGCAAGGAGAGGGCCAGUGCGACAUCAUAGAAGCAUGUAUGGAGGGAAUGAGAGCAGGAGAGAAAUGUGAGAUACUGAUUUCUCCCGUGGAAAAUGGACCAGAUGAUGAAAAUAAACCUGUAUGUGCCACAGUUGAACUCAAAGCAUUCUCCCCUGGUAAGGAAUCCUGGGAAAUGUCUCCUGGUGAAAAGUGGGAAUGGGUAAAGUCACACAAAGACAAGGGUGGAGAAAGAUUCAGGAGUGGGGAUCUGUGGGGAGCGGCAGACAGCUACAGUCGGGCUUUAAAGCUUCUUAUCACUCUCUAUGGACACAUUAGAGAAGCAGAGAAAAGGGGACAACUACAGGAAGUGAAGCAGCAAAGAGACACUGACUCGGAGGAUAAAAGACAGUGCCGUCCUUCGGUGAAUGAGUUCAAAACCACCAAAGCAGAGCUCCACUCGAACCUGUCUCUGUGUCAGCUUAAACUGAACCAACCAGAGCGAGCUAGGGCCAGUGCAGCUAAAGCCACUCAGCUGGAACCUGGGGGUGCUAAAGCCUGGUAUCGACUGGGCCAAGCCUGCCAGAUGGUGAACGAGCUGGAGGAGGCCAAGCAGGCAUAUAAGAAACUGCUGGAGCUACAGCCAGAAUCAUCUGCUGCGAUGAAGGCACUCAAAAACAUAGCAAAUAAAGAGAGGGAGACAAACACACAGCUGGGACUUAGACUCAGCAAAAUGUUCAGCUGAAGGUUCUAUAAUAAACAAUUAUUAUCUGAUGUCUGUAGACUGGAGUGGUUUGUAUGUGUCAAUACAAGAAGAGCUGCUACAGCUCCUGAUCUCAUGAGUAAAGCUACUGAUGUGUGAACUCCGUGUUGUUUGUGCAUGAGUUGGUUAAAUACUAUGAGGGACCAAAAAUAAAUGUAUGAAUAAAGAAACAUUUGAAUAAAUGCAUUAUAUUUAUUUUUA